GGUUUGCGUGACCCUCACACCUUGUGUCCGUCGCGUGCUCAGUCAUUCUAGAAUUCAUAAACAGUGAUUUAUUAUGCACACUAUUGUCAUGUAUUUCAUUUGAUUCGUCUGUAUCGUCGUGUACCGGAGCGUGCGUGUGUUACCGAUAUUGGUUUUUUUUUUUUUUUUUUGCCAUUCUUAUCGAUGAUGACAUUUUACAGGCCAACGUCCGUAUCGAUGCCAUUUUAUGGAGGUGAUUACCGGCCGGAUGACGAACCGCCACCGGAAGCCGUUUUGGAAGAGAAACGCAUAUUAGAUCACCGAUUCCGAAGACCAUCGCCGUCGCGGUUGUCGUCGUCCACGGAAUCAUCCAUCCGGCCACCGACCGCAGCCAGACAGCUUAGAGGCAUCGGUGCCAACCGUUCACUACGUGCCAGGCCAUCAGGAAGUUCACCCAGGAGAAGUUUACAACGGUCGUCGGCAUUCAGCAAUCGGAGAUCUACGACGAUCACGGAUCGUGGACGGACAGCAUCUAUGCCCGCGGUACCGAUUGUCAGGCCGAGUUUCGGGAAUGUGCCUAGACCUGAUGGCCCAGUGUUAGAAGAGUAUCGCCUACGGAGCUUCUCGAUUACUGCUAGUGGCGUUUGCAACUUAGGUGACUUCGUACGAUAUGCCUCGCCAUCGUCGUCUACUCGACAUCAUCAACCGGUCGGGAAGCGUGAAAGUUGCCCCGCAUCCGUUUCCGGUACGCCGUUGCACCAGCAAAACGCAAAUGGUUCCUCCUCCGCCGCCGCCGCCGCCGCUGCCGCUACCUCGCACACGGUCUGCACGGAAUUCUCCAGAUUCCGAAAGCCCAGUACGGCGUUGACAAACAAAUUCAAAGCCAACGACACUGUAGAAUCGUACAAGGUGGCGUUGCUAGGGGCCCCGGGUGUCGGAAAGACCACGAUAUCUGUGCAGUUUUCAACAUCAGAUUACAUAUGCGUAUACGAUACUUCUAUAGACGAAGACUGCGCUUGUCGGACAAUCAGAGUGAUGAUAAACGGUCAAGAAGCUGAACUAACCAUCAUCGAUAUACCGUAUGUAGAAAUGUCGAUUGAAACUCUGUGUUCGACGUACAACCCAAACGUGUUUAUAGUUAUGUAUUCAGUUGUCGACGAGAGGAGUUUCGAUAUAGCUGAACAGAUGUUACUGUUUCUAUGGAAAGGCGAGUACAUUCACACAAGAGGUGUAAUAUUGGUUGGAAAUAAAUCAGACUUGGAACGUACAAGAAAAAUUCAAACAAAUGUUGGACGAAAUUUGGCAUACAGUUGGAACUGUAAAUUUAUUGAAACUUCAAGUGGUAUCGAUCAUAAUGUGGACAAGCUGCUAGUAGGAAUUUUGGCUCAAAUUAAGCUAAAUCCACUCAGAGAAAGGAUGUAUAACAGUAAAAGGAAAAAAUAUAGUGUCACAAAACUAUAUAAGGACUUUUUAGCUUACUUAAGAGGAGUCAAGUCCAGUGAAAACUUAUUCAGUAUUUAAUUAUUUUACUAACAACAUAUUUUAAUAUUUUUUGUGGACCAAUUUCUUUAUUUG